AAGGGAUUUUCAAUUUAUGCACAAAAAUACUGUGAAGCAUGUAUGACAUGCGCCCAACACAACCCAGGUAAGACGACUGCCAAACCACUGGCAGCUCACCCACCACCGGAACAGGCGUUUGACCAUUUAAUGCUGGACUUCAUCGAACUAACGCCAGCAGAAGGUAAAAAGUAUUGUUUAGUGAUUGUUGAUAUGUGGUCAAAAUGGGUGGAGGCCUUCCCAGCUAAACAUGCUAACAGCCAUGCAGUUACCAAAGCCUUGCUGACAGAAAUAAUUCCCAGAUGGGGGAUUCCAUCUAAAAUCAGCAGUGACAAUGGCUCACACUUUGCAAACCAAGCCCUAGAGGAAGUGGGAAAGUUUCUGAACAUCGACAUCAGAAAGCACUGCUCUUACCACCCCCAAAGCGGAGGGGCGGUAGAGAGAGAGAAUGGCACUUUGAAAAACAAACUGGCUAAAUGCUGCUCAGAGACUGGUCUCAAGUGGACUCAGGCUCUUCCCAUUGUGCUCUCAUACAUGAGAAUGAGGAGAAGGAUGAGAACAAACCUCAGCCCGUAUGAGAUCCUAUUUGGUAGACCUCCUAUGAUGGGACUCCACCCUGAGACCGAGACUAGGAUUUUACCACCUACUGAAAUGUGCGAAGACGCAAUGCUACAGUACUGUAAGAACUUAUCCUCUGUUCUGUCCCAAAUCUCCAAACAGGUGAAAGCGGCUCUGCCCAAACAGGCGACAGAACCACUGCACAUCAUUCAACCAGGAGACUGGGUGAUCAUUAAGGAGCUUCGCAGGAAGCACUGGAACUCAAAACGGUGGCAAGGUCCCUUCCAAGUCCUUCUGACGACCAACACGGCUGUGAAGAUCGCAGAAAGAGCGACUUGGAUCCACUCCAGCCACUGCAGGAAGGUCCCGGAUCCGACAGACGACCCUCCAUCUACAUCUACACCACACGAGAAAACCACCACUGACGAAAAGAACUGAGAAGGACGACCCUCGCUGUGCUCACACACGCACUGAGGCGAGGCUGCGUUGACUGUUCAGCUAAAGGUGUGAGCCAAGCGCCGCCUGAAGCUGCGCCGGUGAAUCACACUAUCAGACCAUACAUCUACACACACGCUCCUGAGAAAACACACACACGAGCAGCCUUGAGUUGCCGACGCUGGACGACCUGUAGACUCUUCACAUCACGGGAGUGACAGUGACUCAGACGACAUUGGGAGGAAACCUGGAGGUGAUAACGAAUCCCAGGUGUCCCUGUGAUCAGCUGAUCACAACCUGAAGAACCCCAACGAACUGUCAAUACUUCA